AUGUUUACAAAUACUCUGGGAACGUAGAAUGCAUAGCCUUAAUAAUAAUAAUAAGGCUUCGCAGGAUAGAGUGCUUAAGUUUUCGGUACUACCUCUGUUUCCAAUAACAUUUUUGGCCAAACACAAUAAUAAACUCCUCCAAUAGGAUAAACCUAAAGUUAAGGAAUACUUGGAUAAUAAUCAAAUUAACUCAAUUAACCUCUCUCAUAUGGAGGAAUGCAAUAAUAAACUACAAAUGUAUUAUAAUAGCCUUAAGGCUAACAAAUGGGAGCAUUAGGUCAAUAAACCGCAUAAUUUGGUUAAGUUUAAUAAUCAGGAUUUCUUGGAUAAUAAUCAAAUAUACAAGGAGGUUAGGUUGGAUAGAUAUAAUAACAAACAUCCCUAUAGCCACAAUUGUAAUAACAACCUUAAUAACAAUAAUAAUAAUAGCCUUAAGUAAAAUAGUAUACAAUUUUACAAAUUAAAAAUGAAACCCAGAAACACUUUGAUGAUCUAUUAAAAACAAUCAUCAAUAAAGAAAAAAUUGAGAAGAAUUAAAAAAAUUUAUAACUAAUUGAAAAAAACUCUCUUAGAAAUAUUUAAUAAUAGUAAUUAUAAUAACCUCAAGCGAAUCCUUCUAUUGGAUAUGGAGUAUCCUAGCAAUAAUAAUUACUAAAACCAAAUUUAAAAGUUGAUCCCAGAAAUCAUACAGCAAAGGUUGAAAAAUAUUAUGGAGAGUGGAAUAAAGGAAUUUAAAGGAUUUCUCAAAAAUAGGGAGAGGCAAUUAACCAAUUGAAUGAAUUAAAUAUCCUUUUAGCCUAAUAGGACACUUAUUACGGUAUCAUAACAUUGUAAUUUAAUUAUUAGAGAUCGAUGAAGAAUCAUUGAUGGAUUGUAUAAAAUAACUUGACAAAGAGCUGAGUUAAUUAGAACAUAAGAUUGUAAAUGUAGUAAAAUUAUAAGAAAAAAUUUUGGGAUUAGAAAAAGAAGAAACAGAAUGGGAUCAAAUUGUAAUUAAUUUAAGUGAAUGUCUGACACUUUUAGAAAUUUAAACUGUAUUAUACCUUACAUUAAAUGAUUUUAGAAAGAAGUUGAAGAUCAAUUGCACCAAGCAGAAACACACCCAAAAGUAAUAAAUAAAUGA